CCCCUUUAAUAAUUCUCUCUCUCUCCCCCUUAUUUUCUGUACUAUAAUAGAGAAAAACAAAAAGUUCAUACCCCGAGGCAUAUAUGCCAUGGACAUGAAUAACCACACUGCUGCUUAUAAUGAUAAUAAGUUGUUUACUUCAAACAACUCAUCCUCGGCAGCUUACUGGGAUCUACAGACGGCCGCCAUGGAACAUCAUCACCACAAUAUCCUCUCUUCCCAGCAUCAUAAUCAUCAAAUUCCCACCACCAUUUCUGGUCAUCAUCAUCAUCAUAGUACUUCUUCUCUCUGGCCAAACUUCACCCAUCUUCAACAUCAAUCACCUUCAUUAGCAUCACCAUCACCAUCAUCCCUUUUAAACAUGACCACUGACCAUAAUAAAUACCAUCAUCCUCAUGUAGCAGUAGAAGAUAAUCAAGAUCAGGCAAACGAUGAGCAUGGUUAUGAUGACCAGGAGGAAGAGGAGCUGGGAGCCAUGAAGGAAAUGAUGUACAAGAUUGCGGCGAUGCAGCCGGUGGACAUCGAUCCGGCCACCAUUCACAAACCUAAGCGGCGGAACGUCCGGAUAAGCGACGACCCCCAGAGCGUCGCGGCACGCCAUCGCCGCGAGAGGAUAAGCGAGAGGAUUCGAAUCCUCCAGCGCCUCGUCCCCGGCGGGACCAAGAUGGACACGGCCACCAUGCUCGACGAGGCCAUUCGCUACGUGAAGUUCUUAAAGAGACAAAUCCGUCUUCUCCAAGCCAAUGACCAUAUUGACCCUCAACAACAGGGACUGGUGCAAAUUAGUUCCACUAGUACUACUGCUAACACUAAUUCUACUACAGCAACUCAGCCCCUAGCCUCCGCUAACAAUUGGGGCACUGCUGCUCAAGGCCAAUAUGGCUCCGCUACCACGGCUCCGGAUCCGCCAAGCUUUGGUGUCUUCGGCCGCGGUGGCGGCAGUGGAAGCUUACUGGGAGAAACCUUAUUUUAUAACACGGGGUUUAAUCAUCAUCAUGACCAGGUAAUUAGUGAGUAACAUUCAUUAAUAAAUAGUUAUUAGAAAUAGUCAUGUGACAAUUGUUAUUAAUUAUAAAUUUGAAGUGUAUGUCUAUUAUUAUUUGUAUUGGUGGUGAAAUUAAUCAUUAUAAUUAUUAUUAGUAGUAGUGUGUUUGUGUUAUUUUUGGAGAGGAAUAGGUGAAGGAAGGGGAGAGAGGUUAUGAUCUUCGAAAAAGUAGAGAGAAAGAGGUAGCUAGCUGUUAGGAUAUUGUUGACUAAAGCGGCCGGAGAAUAAUCAUAACGGUUGGGUUGGAUUACGUAGCAGUGCAUAUAAAGAUAUAUAUAGUAAAUAAAAACUAUAUAUUAUAAUCUGGCCGGAAAGUUUGUUUGGCCGUCUCCCCUCUGGGUUAA